UUCAUCCUGAAGACCUGAGAGCCGGGACGUCGCCUCAGUAAGUGUUUGGAUGACAGAAGCAGGUUCACCUCAAGAGAAUAUCCUGCAGUCAAGAAGGCCAACUUUUCGCUUUAACUUUAAAAUAGGAGUCUUCUUCAUUGUUGGGAAAAUGUUUGCCUUCCUGAUUUGCAUCUUCAUCCUGCAGGAUGUCCAAACUGCCUGUGUGCCUCAAGAUAUUUGCCCCACAAACGCCACCGUCCAGGCCAAGAUCGUGGACGUGCACAACGCCUUCAGAAGAGCCGUGGAUCCUCCUGCUGCUGACAUGCUGAUGAUGACGUACAGCGAGGAGCUGGCCGCCAGCGUUCAGGCCUGGGUUGAUGAGUGUGACCUGAGACACGGACCCCCCAACUCCCGCCAGCUCGACGGAUAUGAAUUAGGAGAGAAUCUGUACUUUUCAUCGUCUCCAUCCUCGUGGACGAGCGUGAUCAGAGCCUGGAACGACGAGAAGUCGAACUAUCUUUAUCCCAACAGAUCCACCAACGGACAACCCAUCGGCCACUACACACAGGUGGUGUGGAGCAGCUCGUACAGAGUCGGCUGUGGAUUCACACAAUGCCCCAACAACGUCUACUUCUACGGCUGCCAGUAUUAUCGAGCUGGAAACUUUAAAACAUGGCCGCCAUACAAAGUUGGAGCCUCGUGCGCUUCUUGUCCCAACGACUGCGUGAACAAACUCUGCACCAACCCCUGUCCUUACAUCAACAAGUUCAUCAACUGCCCCACCCUGAAGGUCAUCACCGGCUGCAGCAAUCGGCUGGUGUCCGACUGGUGUCCCGCUUCCUGCAACUGCACCGCCCAAAUUAUCCCAAUUUAUUAAUCUGAACACGCUUCAGUCCUCACUGCAUGUUGAGUUGAAACUCCUGCAGGAUUAUGACACAAUAUCCACGGCCACAGCUGUCAAGAACAUUAAAGGCAAUAAAUAAA